AUGAAUGAGAAGGAGGAGAAAGAGGAGAAGAAGAAAAUGGAGGAGAAGCAGAAGAAAAAGGAGAAGGAGGAGAUCGGGAAGGAGAUGGAAGAUAAGAAGAAGAAGAGGAAAGAAUAUGACGAGCUCUACGAGCUCUGGCAGAAGCUUCGACAUGAUGAACCAGAACUUCUUGUCACAUUCCAGAACUUCCUCAGGAAAGCAGUUUUAGAGAUCAAUAAAAUCAAUGACACUUGUGAUAAUGCCGUAAGAAGUAAAAAUGGUAUCCAUGCCGAUGACAUGAGGAGACUGUAUGAAGAAAUGGAACAAUUACUUACACAAGAACGAGAUACACUCAGGAGAAAGUAUCGACAAGAGAUGGAGAUGGAACUAGAAAGACUGAUGGAUGAAAAAGAUCAGGAAGUUCACGAUCUCAUAGUUAGAAAACGAGAGCUUGAGUUGUCGCUUCAAGAACUUGACAAGAAGGAGAAAGAAAAACACACGCAAAAUAAUCAGCUUGAACAGAUGGUCAUGGAGCUAAGCAGACACGAGGCUAACAUCGUAGCUGAAAAUGAGGGACUUGUUCAGGAGAAUUCACAGCUUCGAUUUCGUCUCGACCAAUCUCUAGCCGGUCUGAAUGAAACCCAACAACUCUGCCUUCAGCUUCAGGAGGAGACCGAAAGAGAGAGGGCGUUCAUCGAAAGAGAGUACGCCGAAGCAGUCCAGGAACAAGACAGAAAAUCACGUGAUAGACACAACCUUGAACUUCAACUCGAGAAAUUAAGAGAGAAGUAUGAACAGUUAGUUGAAGAUAAUUAUAGCGUGAAAGAACCAAAGAGAGUCGGUGUGAUGCAGAUGAGUCGGGUCAGUUCGUACAGUGACUGCGAAUGCGAUCAACAGAUGCAGUUCCUCCAGUUACGGACGCCUGAUCGAUGUUUUAAGGUGGUGAUGUGCGGGGACUCUGGGGUCGGGAAAUCAAGCUUCGUGCAAAGGUUCUGCCACAACAGCUUCUCGGUAAACACACAAGUUACGAUAGAGAUUGGAUUCCAUAUGAAAUCACUGGUUCUUGAUAAUAAUGUAGUUUCACUUCAAAUCUGGGACACGGCAGGACAAGAAAGAUUUCGUAGCAUUCCUCAUGCGUACUUUAGGAAAGCUGACGGCGUCCUUCUCCUCUACGAUAUUUCUUGUGAGAAAUCGUUCCUCAAUGUACAAAGCUGGAUCGCCAGUAUUAGGGAGCAUGACGAUAAUGCUGUCAUUAUGUUAACGGGAAACAAGGAGGACCUCGCAUCGCCUUACCGGGAAGUCCCCCGGGACGCCGCUCUCAAAGUAGCGAGGGAAAACAAUGCGCUGUUCAUUGAAACGAGUGCCAAAAAUGGAACAAAUGUAUUCGAGGCCUUUGGACGUUUGGCAAGAGAACUUCAGAAGAAGGAAGACGACAACGUUAGUCGGGUGUAUGACAUGGACAUUGAGGAACAGAACAUCGCCUUCGCGCCCAAGAAAAAGCGAAAAUGUUGCAACUUUUGAUUUCAAACGAAUCUACUCCAACAUUCCACAGGAAUACACUAUUCAUAUUCACUUAAGAAACCAAUAUUGGUAUAUGCUUCUGAGAUGGUCUAACACAAAAUGGGCUAAACCCGUAAGCCCGUCGAUAUUAGACCAAAUGUCCCGUAUUGUGAAGUCGGGUCUAAUACCCUGCAAACAAUAUCGGUGUUCAUAAUUAUAACACCAGCUCGGUAUCUAUAAAAGGAAACACCAGAGAGGUGUUCAAAUACACCGCUUCGGCUUUUAGCUAACACCAGAUAGGCACUUAAACAAUAUUGGUUUGAUUCUUAACAGGUGUUGGUUUUAACACUUCUGGUGUUUUACGAUACAGAUAUCGGACUGGUGUUCAAUCAACACCGGUGUUUUUGCAGUGUAUAAGCUCUGGUCUAAAGUUGUGGUUUAACCAACGCUAGCCAGCCGUGUCCCAAAUCUCUGUUAGUUAAUGUUCAAUCUAUCAAAUCACUUGACACUCUGAUUAUUAUAAUUGUGUGGGAGUGAUAACUGAAAUAUUUUUAUUCAUCAUUUUCUUCAUUUUGGGAUAUUUUGGCUUCCCAUACUUUUUAGCACAGACUUAGACCGUGGUUUAACUUGAAUAUGGGCCAAUUGGGCAAAUAAUGAUCCAGUUGGUGUACUUGCCCUGACUUGGUCUACUAUCCACCUAGGGUAAUUGUCAUUUAUUAUAAUGUCCAGUUGGUCUAAUUUCUAUUUGAUGCAUGAAUUAUUCAUACUUGGUCGAUUGAAAAUAUGAUUCAUAAACAGUUCAUCUAGCCAUAUAGAUCAAGUGAUGUUAUUAGACCGUGUGAAUGGUAAGCCCAGCGCACACUAGCGAGUCAUUUCGAUCCGAAUUUCAAAGAAAUUGUAAUAACAUUUGAGAUGAACAUUCCAACCAAUAAAAUCUUAGCAAUCAGAGUUCAAUAUAGUGGUAAGGACUAUUGACAUCGAAAGUCAGUCCAGUUCGAUCCUCCCUGUAGGAAUAAAAGCAGAUUCAAUUUCCAAUCGCAAUAACGUCAUCAUCGGCUGCGACUUGAAGUCGAUUUGGACUUUACUGCGACCAUGUAGAAAUAGUCGCAAGGCAAAAUUAUGAUUUUAUCAGUCCUAACACAAUCUCGAACUUCAUAUAAAAUAAAUGUACUUCUAGGAACCUCACAUUUGAAGCAAAAUGCGAUUUAUUAGAAAAUCGCGACGCGUCGGAUCGCAACGGGUCGUGUGGUCCAGUGGUUAGAGAAUUGGACUCAUAAUCGCAAGGUUGUGAGUUCGAAUCUCCACUUUGAUAAAAAGGCACGAGAGUAAUAUCGCUCGUCUAUAUGAAGGUCAGCCAUCAUGACUGAUUAACCUAGACGUAAAAUGUUUCCUAGGUAAUUGGUUACAUACCAGCUUGGUGUUUACCAGCAAAAUGCUGACCUGCCGAGUUCCUAUACGGGAGUUACCAGAAACGGAAACAAAGUUAGCGCUGGGGUUUAGUCGAAACUUGGCGAGGCCUAUUGAACAGUAAUACGAAGAAAUUUUAUACAACACUGUUCAUUAUAUGAACCUUGCUCCAGUUGUUUUACAGGUUAAACAACCAUGCUUGAUAUAUUGAGAAUUAAAUAUUAGAAAUUAAACUUUGUUGGUUAAGAUUUUAAACAGCGAUUGUGAAAAUGUUAAACAGCGUUUCUGCUGUGUAUAGCAUACCUGGAAAAGGCAAAACAUGCAAAAUGGCCUAAUAGGCAAUUACAUGUAGACCAAAUGUUUAUUAGACGGACUGGUUGUAGACGAAGUGGAAAGUAGGCCAAGCGGGGGUAGACCAAGUGGCAAUUCACACUAAAAACUGAAGCGCCCUCUAUCUGAUUUACACACAAUGCCCAGGUGCACAAAAAGUGCGAGAUUGAACGUAAACUCAGGAAAUUCGAACUCCAGCUUGAUUUUUGGCGAAUCACAAGCGUGCAUUAGGCAGAAACAUAAGAUUAUUUGGAGUUCUAUUUGAAUGCAUGUGCUUGUGCAAAUGGGAUCCGGGAAAAGCUAAAACAUUCCAGUAAAUUAUCGUAAAAUGUAAUUUUCCUUGGAAAAUAUUGAUUAAACCCCUAUACGCGCCAUUUCAAUUAGGGAAAAAAUUCUUCUUUCUGCGUUUAUUUAGUGCGUCUUUACGAAUGCAACUAGAUAAAUGGCAUGAUUCAAAUGCUAUUCUUUAC